GGAAAUUCCUCGAUAUAUUCCGAGGAUUUCAUUUUCCGUCGGAAUGUCCGUCAGAAUAUCGCUGUUUUCUUGUAGUGAUAUACGGGGGACAAUCGUACCGUUUGUCCCUCUACUCAGCCGGCCCUGUUUGAAGAGAGGAUCUUCUCUGGUUUGCUACCUAGGGGUACCUCUAAAACAAAGUUAUGGAAGCAAGGUUACCAACCAUUGCUGGAUAAUCUCUAACCGUUUCUCUAACUGGACAAUAAAGUAUAUGUCUUUCGCAGGACGUCUUCAACUGGUUCGGUCUGUAAUCUACUCUACGGUCAUGUUCUGGACCUCUAUCUUCCUUCUGCCUAAUAGGUGCAUGUGGAAGAUGGAGAAAAUGUACUCUGGUUUUCUGUGGCGACAAUGUAUCUAUCUUGGAAAGAGAGGAAUCAACGCCUCCAUAAUGCUUGCAGCAUCUAUCAUUGCAGAGAUCCAGUUUCUGCUUAGGGCAAAACUAGAUUCAUUCUCUCACAGCCAACAGAACCUGCUUUCUACAGUGACAUUCCUCUCUACCUAGUUCCACAUCUUCGAUUAAUUACCAGAAAAUUCUUUGGUUUUUUUGUAUUGCUUGUGAUAUGAGCUUUGGUUUUGUCAGUCUGGACUAUUUCAAUUUAGAAAAAGAAAAAGAUAAAAGUUUAAUCUUGAAUCUGUCACGAGUUUGAAGCCCAUCCAAAAAUAGGUCAAAUAAAUCUGUAACCGACGCAGCUGCCACGAACCAAAGUGCAAAGCCCAACCCCAACCGACAUGUAUGAUGGCAAAAGCGUAACCGACUUUAACUUGCUGCAUCUCGGCCGUUCAUUCGACUUCCUUCACCUCUAUUUAAGAAACGAAACCUCUUCAUCUUUUUUUUUUUUUUUUUUUCCUGAACAACAGAAACCUCUUCAUCUUUUAUACGGCGUUUCAGACAAAAAAUGAUCUCUAGCUUUUUUUUCUUCUAAUUUUAAUAUUAUUUCAAAACUUUUUGAUCAUCGAACUUUCAAAGAAAAUUCGACAACCCAAUUAAAUAAAUAGAGAAAAUCUUUACGAAAAUAUAGUUUUCUACUGAUUUGCCUCUAAGUACUUUUCGAAACUUAGGUUUAUUUUCAAUAAGUCAAUAAGGCAAUCUUGGGUAAGUGUUUGCGUCUUUGUGUUGUGUCUAAGAUGAUGAAUCCACUACUUCCUCCACCGUCGCUGAUGAUUAAGUCUCAGAUUCUGAGUCAGAGUCUGUUAUUAGGUCAAUCUCAGGGCUUGAACCAUUGGAGCAUGGCUAUGAACAAGCAAAAACAAGUGAUAAACAUGGCUCAAUCUCAAGCUAAAGCUAUGCUGAACAAUCAGCCUCUAAUGGUGAAUCCCCCAAACUUUAGCCUUAACCCUAAUUCGGUAAACCAUAAUAACUAUGGUCAUAACUGGAAUUGUAUUCCUAUGGUUCCAGGUGGUAACAACAGACUGUACAACGAUCAGAAGCAGCGACAUGGUUCAUGUUCAGCUUGUUACAAGCCUCGGGCUUUGAAUAAGCUUCAGUCUAAAAACAGGAAGUUUCACCUAAAGAACAAAUAUGGUAAUAGAUAUGUUCCUUAUGCUCCACGGAACACAAGCUCUUUUAUUAUCCGGGCGAAGAAAUCUGGUGGCAUUGCUGAUUCAGUGUCUCCAUCCCUUGUAACACCGUCGGUGUUGCCUUCCCCGAUGUUCUCUCCAUCGGGAGAGGUUUUGGGCAAUAUGGUAAAGGAGGAAUGGGGAGUUGAUGUGUAUGGAUCAAUGGAGGGGUUGGUUAAGCUGAGAUCUGAUGGUAUUCAUGAAUUAGAACCGUUUGAUGAAGAUGAAGGAGGCUCGUGUAAGAGUGAUGUGGAGAAGCAUGCAGAGGUUGAGACGAGACUAGACAAGGACUUGAGCCAAGUUGAGAUGGUAUGUCCGAAUGAUGGUGGUAGGUUUGAGUAUAACAAUGACUUGGAAAACCGAGUUAAUGAUCAGAUUAGGCAUACUGCUCAAUUAUCGAAUGGUGGUGGUAGGUUUGAGUAUAAUAAUGACUUCGAAAACAGAGUUGAUGAUCAGAAUAAGCAUAUUGCUCAACUAGAGGAAGAGAACUUAACUGUGAAGAGAGGUUGUUGUUGAUGGAGAGGGAGUUUGGUGAUUUUAAGAGAAGGUUAGAGUCUCUCGAAAGGCGGAAUAUGGUUGUUGGUGAAAAUGGUAAUGGGGAGGUUGUAGAGAAUGAGUCUGAAAGGGAUAGUCAAACUCAUAGCUCUAGUGCCUCUCCUAGUGGGGAGGCAAGGGAAAACUAUUUGCCUGCUGAAGAUGUUUGUAUGCAGGAUAUGGUGAGGGACGAGGCUACGGGGAAUGGAAUCAACAACACUGACAAGGGCAAGGUAGGUGAAGCAAAGAGUACAAACAGGCAAGAAAUUUAGGAUGAAGCUGAAAAGAAUUCUGCAGGACAGCAUCGUGAAGAGGCCAAUUCUGAUGUGGUUGGGAACUAUGGAAUGCGUAUAUGAUAUUUUCGCCAGGCAUUAUGAUUGAUGUUUUUCUCCUACGAUUUAGAUUCUCACUUUGAUCAAGUUUUUCUUACUUAUUUAUUUAUUUGGGUUUUUUUGCAAACUGUAACUGAAAUCCAAUUUUGACCAUAUUUGCUUUUUGGGUUUAACUAAUAAUUUCUUUGAUUUAGAAAAAAAUGUGCCAUAUUUAAAAGUAAAAUUUUGCAAUAUUAAAUUUGAUAUAUAGGGCUGGAAAAAAAACCUGAAUCCGAAAAACCAAACAGCAUCCGAUCCAAAAAAGUAGAACUAAAUCCGAAUCGAACUUGGUUAAAUAUCCGAACGAGUUCAAAAUUUAGGUAUCUAGGGAAACCAAAACUGAAUCCGGCCUAAACGAAGUAUUUUGGGUACCCGAAUGUAUCCGAAAUAAAUUUACAUACCUAAAUGUAUUAAUUUUUAAAAAAAUUUAACAAAUAAAAAUAUCUAAACAUGUAAGAUAUUUUGAAGUUGUCCAAAAGUAAAUGUUUUAAAUAGGUAAACAACACUCAGAACGCUAACUAAAUCUCUCCAACAAGGCUAGAGAGAAAGUCCAGAGAGAAAAAGUAGAUCCGAUCUUGGGUCCGGCGUACGGCCGGUGCGUGAGCGAGCGUGCCGUCGCAGGAGCCCUUCGCUCUUCCGUUGAAAAGUUUCCCUGCUUCCCCUACGCUUUCUCUCCCUAUCGCCUUGUCGGAGCUCUGGUCCAGGCCUCCUUCGUCGUCGUCACCUCAGGGAGUGAACCGGCAUCACUGAUGACGAUGCGUCUGGAGUAACGACGCGAUUGUAUGGAGGGUUGGUGGGUGAAGUCGGCUUGUUAGAUUAGGUUUCGUUUCCGGGAGAUGGCGGCUUCUACAGAUCCAUCACCGCCGGCUUUGUUCCCGGGAGGUGGAGGCUUCCUCAGCUCUGCUUUCGCCGGCUUUAGUCUCCGGGAGGUGAAGGUGUUCUUUGCCUUGCAUCGCCUUCCCUAGUUUCGUUUUAGGGUUUUUUAAUUUUUGGUUUUGCGAUUUCGGGUUGGUUUUGAUGGAGGAGCUCGCGUCGGAGGACGAUUGACGCUCUCCGGUGGUAUUUGGUGAUGGUUUGUGCGAAGCCUUCUUCUCGGUGUUGGUGAUUAAUGGUGGCAGAUGAGAUCUCGUCCUUGCGAUUGAUGCUCUCCGAAAAUAGAAUCUCCGGUUUUGAAGGCGUUUGCGGUGAAGAUGAUGUGGAGCUGGCGAGAUCUGGUGUGUCCCGGUGGAUCGAUCGAUGGAUGUUUCAUCGGGGGUUUUGCUUGAUGCGGGGGGUCGUCGUGGCUCGUAGCAGUGGUUCACGGGAGCGGCGGCACCCUUUUCGGUUUCUAGGGUUUUUUUAGUUGGGCUUUUGGACCUUUGUUUGUGUUUUUAGGUUGUUUUUAGUGGCUGACCUUGUAUCUUUUGGGCUUGUCCCAUUAAUUAAUGAAAUUAUUGAUGGAAAAAAAAGAUUUACAAAUAGCAUUUGCAUGUCGAUUCAAAUUUCUCGAUUUUGACAAUUUGAAUUUCUUGAUUUGUUAUAAAUAAUAAUAUGUAAUACUUCGUACAACGCUGAAAAAUAGCAACGAUAUCUCUUCAUUUGAUUUAAUUCUAAGAGUUGCCGAAACGAAGUGUAAAGUACAUAACUGAAGGAACUUAUGAUUUUGGCAAUUUUAAUAUUCUUAUGAAAAAUUGAGAUGGAAGCUAAACAAAAAAUUUAUUAAUUU